AUGGGCACCAGGACAAAAAGAGCCCUGCUGGGGACCUUCGUGCAGAAUGAAGCAGAAUAUGCCAACUCAAAACUUCAUCAUGCACUACCAGUCACAGUCCACCUUCUGCAGCAUAAUCCACAACAUCCAGGGAAUGGUGGAUGCUUCUUCCCUCUGAAGCAGCCUCCUUCAGCAACUGCUGAUCAUGGAGUGUGUUCCCUGUCCCCCAAGAAAUACAGGAUCAAGAAGGUUCUGGUGCCAAGGAGCCGUGCAGUGUCCUGCCAUCGCAUCACCCCACUCUUGUCUGGAUUUGUGGCUACCUCUCUGCCCUGGAAACUCUGCUCUCCUGGCAGUGACCACAGCCUUCUGCCCUCAGCAGCCUCACUUACCUGGUGCUCGAGCGCCUUGGCCUCCUCUCCCAAAGCCAUAGCCCAGGGCCAAGAGGUUCCUGGUGAGCAUGCCUGCAAAGUCCGCCUGGGUGCACUGAGCCUGCCUCCCACACAGCUGCACUCAGAGCUUGGUGCUCCUUGGUUCCAGUGCUGUCUGCCCCUGGAAUGUGUAAAUUCCCUCCUAAAGUGCUUGCUUGCUGUGCGGCGAUUCCUUGUCUCUGAUUCAUACUCUGAUGUUUCUUUGCUAAUCUUUGCUUUUAUUAUUAUUUUUUUAUGCAGUGCUCCGGUGUCCCAAGUCAGUAAUGUUCCAACAACUGGAGAGCUCUUAGAAAGAACAAUUCGGUCCACAGUGGAGCAGCAUCUUUUCGAUGUUCAGACCUCGGGGAGUCAGAGUUCAGAAGAGUCAGAAUGUGGAGGGUCACCAGCUUCUUCCACAGGGGCUGCCAGGCAGAAACGGUGGCAGAAGAAAAAUCAGAAUGAAAUCAGACAGGCCAGAGAAAGGGUAUUUAUCAACAAAGAAAAUAUUCCUUCUGAGUUCAGCAGCCUCGAGGAUUGUAUUUUGACUACACAGGAAGCAGAAAAUUUUCAGGAAAACAACUGUGUAUAUAUUGAAGAAAACAGUAAACCUAAACGACAGAAAUCCAGUACCAGACUUUCUGAGAUUAAUGACAACCAAGAUAGUCAUGUGAAUAUGGAAAACAUUAACUCCUCAAGAACUCAAGAGAGAUUUGGAUGUGAUGAUAUUCUGGAACUGAUGUCUGAUAAAAGCAAAGAAAAUAGCAGUGAUGGAAAGUACCCACCGCACUCUCAGCUUUUCAGCAUGAAGAUUCAGGAGCUUCCCAACCUCCCUGAAAGCAAACUACAGAGAAGCCAAGAUGCCGAUGACCAGGAAGAUAGCUUUGGCGCGGCGGUGUCUCAGUUGGACCUGACAACUUUGUGUAAAGAGAACAGCUGGGAAGAGCCCAUUCCUACUUUGUCCUCAUGGCAGUGUGACAGCAUUGAUUCAGAUGAAGCCCGCCUUUCCCCACAGGCAGGGCGCCUGAUUCGCCAGCUUCUAGAUGAAGACAGUGAUCCCAUGCUGUCCCCUCGAUUCUAUGCUUAUGAGCAGAGCCAGCAGUACCUGGAUGACACGGAAGUGCCUCCUUCCCCCCCCAAUUCACAUUCUUUCAUGAGGAGACGGAGCUGCUCUUUGGGAUCUUAUGAUGAUUACCAAGAAGACCUAACACUUGCACAGCUAACUCGACGGAUUCAAAGCAUUAAGAAAAAGAUCAGAAAGUUUGAAGACAGAUUUGAAGAAGAAAGGAAAUACAAACCUUCUCAUAGUGAUAAAGUGGCUAACCCAGAUGUAUUGAAAUGGACAAACGACCUUGCAAAAUUCCGAAAGCAGCUGAAAGAAACAAAGCUAAAGACAUCCGAGGAAGAACUAGAACCCUUGACGCGGCAACGAAGCAACACACUCCCUAAAAGCUUUGGCUCUCCACUAGAAAAAGAUGAAAAGAAGCGGGAGGCGGCAGAAAAAUCAAACAUACCUGCUAUUGAAGCUACCCUGGACUGUAUUCUGAAGAAGCUGCACGAUAAGCGGAUAGAGAACAACUCUCCGGAGGACAUCGAGGACAUGACCAGAGACCAGAUUGCUCUCGAAAAAGUAGCUCUGCAAAAGGCUUUGUUAUAUUAUGAGAGUGUCCAUGGAAAACCGGCGACAAAAAGCGAGCGUCAGAUUAUGAAGCCGCUCUAUGAAAGGUAUCGGCUGGUCAAACAGAUCCUGUCCCGAGCGAACCCCGUGCCCAUCCACGGAUCCCCCUCCAACAGGCGGAGAAGUCCUUUGCUACAACCAAUUAUUGAGGGCGAAACAGCUUCCUUCUACAAGGACGUAAAGGGAGAAGGGGAAGAUUCAUCAGAUGAAUACAUCGCGAAGCAAGAUUUUGGGAUCCCCGUAGAAACUGACUUCUACUUUCUUGAUCAGCUCGAAGACGUUGAUCGCUUUCUUUCCCCAGUGGAUGAUAGGUUAUAUCUAAAAGGUGGUCACGAUAUGGGAGUUCCCAACCUUCAUGCUGCAUCUCUAAAUGAGCUUUUAGAACUACUUCAAGAAAUGAAAGAAGAAAAGAAAAGACUUCGAAAAAAAAUUCAUGACUUUGAGGAUAAUUUUUUCAGACAAAACUCAAGAACUGUCCAGAAGGAAGACCGCAUUCCAAUAGCUGAGGAAUACAAUGAAUACAAACAUGUGAAGGCAAAAAUAAGGCUCUUAGAGGUCCUCAUCAACAAGAGAGACAUUGAUUUAAACAUCAUGUGAAAAAAAAGCAUCUCUUCAGAAAAGACAUAGUUGGAUUGAGUGAAUGAAGGUGGUCUCAGUCCAAAGGAUAUCUUCUGCGAUACAGGCUGUGUUGUCUGUGGGCUGGUCACUCACUUCUAUAUUGUCUACUGAGAAAGGAACCUCCGUUUAGGAAUGUCAUAUCCAAGUCAACAUUUAUGCAUACACACAUACCUUCAUCAUGGUGGAAACUUUACUCCUGUUAGUAAUGGCCACCGUUUAAGUUUAGAACCACCAAUCCUCCACGUGACCCAGAGCUAUUCAACAAUCUAAGAAACGCGAAGGACAAUUCCAUUCCGCUCCGAUAAAACCGAGCUCAGGACUUUGAUUCACUUCUGGAGUUUUUGUGUUCUUUUUGGACCGUGAGUUAAGCAUUUCUGUGAAUUAGAGAGCCCUGUAUGCUUCCUUGGCUCCAUUGUGACAUUUUAAACAGCCUGUCCUAUCUACCA